UCGCAAUUCGCGUAUUCUCGCCUCCUGCGAUGUGUCAAGUCGCCUCUCAGUAAGUCGCCUCUCAGUCCCGCACCUGCAGCCGCGUUUUAGGAACCGGGAGAUUCGCGAUUGUAUAGCGGUAGCGCGACGGUCUCCUUUCGCCUCGUCUUGUCUUGUCCCGUCUCUCGGCUCGGUGUGUGGCAAAGUGCGCGCCGCUUACGUCAACGUUCAUCAAUCCGGAAAAGAAAUGGAGGACGUUUUGAACGAGGUCGUCUCUUCCGAGGAUUUGAAGAAAUUCGAAACUGUAUACAAUGAGCAGUUGCACACGUCGUACGUUACGCAAAAAGCCCAAUUUGAAUAUGCCUGGUGCCUCGUGAGGAGUAAAUACUCGGCAGACAUUCGGAAAGGAAUAUUGCUGCUGGAGGACCUCUAUAGCAAUCACGAUACGGAAAAGCGCGAUUGCCUGUACUAUUUGGCCAUUGGAAAUGCCAGAAUAAAGGAAUACUCCAAGGCACUGUCAUAUGUCAGGGCAUUCCUUCAGAUCGAGCCUGCGAACGUGCAAGUACAAAAUCUGGAAUCGUUGAUAAGGAAGAAGAUGGAAAAAGAGGGCCUUAUGGGUAUGGCUGUUGCGGGAGGUGUUAUUAUCGGUGUCGCAAGUAUUCUAGGCCUGGGUAUUGCGAUGGCAAAAAAACAUUAGUUACCCCUAAAAGAAUUAUUAGAACUGUGACUAUACAAUUACACUUGUGAUUUAAUUUAUUUGCGCGAAAUGGUGUGUAAUGUGCGUCAUAAUUGCCGUUUGAGACAGUGACGAGUCUCAAAUGUAUUAGAACGUUGACCAAAUCUAAUAAAUUAUAAUUUUUAACGUUAUUUUUCUAUUUAUCACGAAAAAAAGGGAGAACAAGGAAGAAAAUAUAGGGCUUAUAAAUACGAUUCUUUAAUUAGUUAUAUUAUUUAUAGAAUAAUUUAUGCCGUUUUAAACACCUCGCAUAAAAUGUGAUCUUCUUUAUGCUUCCCAAAAGUAUCUGUUUAAUAGUCAAGUCAAUUUAAUUUUCAAUAUCCGUUUGUUGUAUGCGAUUAUUUUUUUUUACAUUCCAAAGUUACAGGCGAUUAUUUUUCACAUUGUAUAUGUCACGCAUAAUAUUACAUAGACAUGUAUAUAUCAGUAAAUCAUUAUAGAUAUAUGUAUAUCGUAAUGAUUUAUAUUUAAAAUCAUGUUUAAUCGAAGCGUACCAAAGCUAUAAAUAAAAUUACAGAAUAAUAAGUAUUAUAGCUUUUGUAUAUAAUUAGGGUUAUAUUUACAGUUGUAUACGCGGGUUUGUGUUAUUACUGGAUCCUUUUAAUAAAAGUCAUUGUUUGAAGCUAUA